AUGAACGUCAAUUAUGGCCGCCCCGAGCGGUCCCGCGGAACACCACUAACCCGCAUGAUCAUGAACGGCGAGGUCUCGAUGGAAAAGCAGCUCGAUCUGACAUCAAGGGAAAAAUUUGACCGCUGGAUGAUCAACGAGGGGUAUCGAAGAUUCUUCGUCUUCGUCUUCGUCCUCGCCCAUGGCCUAAUCUUCGCCUUUGGCUGCGUCCACUACGGCCUGAAGGACUCGCUCGCCGGACCUCGCAGUAUCUUUGGCUUCACCUUCACCGUGGCCCGUGCCUCGGCCCUCGUGCUACAUGUCGAUGUCGGCAUCGUCCUCUUCCCUGUCUGCAGAACGCUCGUCUCGCUUAUGCGUCAAACGCCCCUCAACGGCGUCAUUCAGUUCGACAAGAACAUCACCUUCCACAUCACCACCGCCUGGUCUAUCGUCUUCUGGUCUUGGGUCCACACAAUCGCUCACUGGAACAACUUUGCCCAGGUCGCCGCCAAGAACAACCUGGGCUUCUACGGCUGGUUACUCGCCAACUUUGCCUCUGGUCCCGGCUGGACCGGUUACGUUAUGCUGCUCGCCCUCAUGGGUAUGGUCGUCACAUCGGUCGAGAAACCCCGCCGUGCCAACUACGAGCGCUUCUGGUACACUCACCAUAUGUUCAUCGUCUUCUUCUUUUUCUGGUCCCUGCACGGUGCCUUCUGCAUGAUCCAGCCCGACAUCGCGCCCUUCUGCACCAGCGUCGGCGCCUCCGCCAUCGGUGUCUUUUGGCAGUUUUGGAUGUACGGUGGUUUCUGCUACCUCGCCGAGCGCGUCGCCCGUGAGAUCCGCGGCCGGCACAAGACGUACAUUUCCAAGGUCAUCCAGCACCCGAGCCAAGUCUGCGAGAUCCAGAUCAAGAAGGAGCACACCAAGACAAGGGCUGGCCAGUACAUCUUCUUCUGCUGCCCGGCCGUCUCACUCUGGCAGUACCACCCCUUCACGCUCACCAGUGCCCCCGAGGAGGACUACAUCUCGAUUCACAUGCGUUGCCAGGGUGACUUCACCAUGGCGGUGUCAGCCGCGCUCGGCUGCGAGUGGGGAAAGAAGGGCGAUGCAAGCAAGGUUGUUGGCGUUGAGGCCACCGAUCCCAGCAACGGCGUAGACCCGGCCCUGCGCCGUGUCCUGCCGCGUGUCUACAUUGACGGGCCCUUUGGCUCCGCGUCGGAGGAUGUCUUCAAGUACGAGGUCUCGGUGCUCGUCGGCGCCGGCAUCGGUGUCACGCCGUUCGCCUCGAUCCUCAAGUCCAUCUGGUACCGCAUGAACUACCCGCAAAAGAAGACGCGGCUGUCCAAGGUGUACUUUUUCUGGAUCUGCCGCGACUUUGGCUCGUUUGAGUGGUUCCGCUCCCUGCUCAUGGCCGUCGAGGCGCAGGACGUCGAGCACCGCAUCGAAAUCCACACGUACCUGACGGCCAAGAUCAAGAGCGAUGACGCGACCAACAUCAUGAUCAACGACGCCGACGCGGAGGCCGAUGCCAUCACCGGCCUGCGUAGCCAGACCAACUUUGGCCGCCCCAACUGGGACAUGAUCUUCCGCGGCAUCCGCAAGCUGCACGCCCCCGGCGAGGCGGGUGUCUUCUUCUGCGGUCCGAAGGGCCUGGGAAGCUCCCUGCACGUCUACUGCAACAAGUACUCCGAGCCUGGAUUCUCGUUCGUUUGGGGCAAAGAAAACUUUUAG